CGCUCCACCCACGUCCCUGCCCCCGGCCCACACCAAGGCUCCUACGCCCAGCUCACAACCGUCUCCCGGCUCAACAAGCUUAUAUGCAACCAGCGCCCUCCUCCCAUCGACACUUUUCGAACGGAAGUAUUUCACCACAUACCUCUCUCCACGGCCACGAAGAACUCGAAUUUGAAGAUGACUUUGACUAUCUCUCCGUUGCCACGCCUUCUCGGCCAAAUGCGUCCAAGAGGGCCGCGCCAAACAAGGGGAAAGCAGUAGAAACCACCAAAUGGAAGGGCAAAGGGAAAGCUCGAAACGGUAUUCCGGGUGGCGAAUGCUACCUGCUGAAGCUUCCGGGUGAUCUUCUUCAUACGCUAAUGUCUUGCCUGUCGCCCAGGACCUUGUUGAGAUUUUCCGAGACGUGCAAGUUACUGAACGAGCAAACGGAAAACGAUACGGUGUGGCGGCAUAGCUAUGUCAACCGGUUUCUGGGCGAAGGCGUUGCCAGAGAUAGCAGGCGCAGGGAAGAGAUUGUGGUCCUUGCUCAGAGUUGUGUGAAUGCCGCCGGAAGGGGAUGGAAAAAGGAGGCAUUGGGAAGGGAGGUCAUGCUGGAUCUUUGGACGAAUUCCAAAACUAGCAUUGUCAUGCACACCCCACCAACGGGUCUUAUCCAUUCCAUCUCACUGUACUACCCCCCUUUCCUCCCCUCAAAUUCGAAAAGCCUUGUCAUUGGAAAGAAUCGUCAAUCGACGCCCAAAGACAAAGUAGCGUACACGAGCAAGCUCGGGGAAGAUGGGGACAACGUCUUGCAACCGACGACCCCAAAAAUAACUCAUCGGCAAAAGUACGAAGCUGUUUUGGCCGCUACGACUCGGCCUCCACCUUACAUGCUCAGCGCGUCGUUGUUCAUGGGAGGUGUAGUUAGGAGUGAUCCCAUCAGCGGCAAGGUCUCUAAAGGUUUCUGGGGACCUGGAAGGGAUGCCAACUUCCACAUUCGACCACAUAUCGACCCGCUUGCUGAGCCCUCAGCCAUCUAUCUGCCAAGUAGAUCACAAUCCUUCAUUCUUUGGGGUCUUCAAACGGGCAGUGUAGUUUUUACAAGCGUUCAAACUCGUAAUCAUGCUACCCACGGCGGUAGAGCCACUUCCGUCAAUGUUUACUCCGACCCGAGAAAAUCACAUGAAGGGUUUGUCGUUGAUAUUUGGGCGCCACAAGGGCAGAAUGAUACUGCUCUCAAAUGGAUCACCGCUGGGCAAGACGGGCGAGUCAAGCUGUGGGAACUACAGUCAGGGACAAUCACCAAAGUCGGCAAGCGUCAAGCAAGUCUGGUGGAUGGGAACAUUGAUUGUGUCUUUACAUCUCCUCUCGCUGAAACUGGGUUUCCCAACAGAUCAGAGUUGGUCAAGAGACGGCAAGCUGGCAAGCCAGAUGAAAUCGUUCUGGCGAGAUAUGAUUUGCAGCAUGAUAUCGUAGCAGGCGUGACGGAAGAUGGAGAUUUACGUGUUUGGUUUGAAGCGUCAAGUGGGAAUGAGAAUGAGGUGCGAAUCGAUCUUGGAUCAGCAGAAAUUGAAGGGGAAAUCAAAGUCAUGGAAAUGAUCGGUUAUCGCCAUCAAGACGAGGUUGCCGUCGCCGUUUUGAUUCAUCGACGCCGAUCCCACAUUCUGAUGCGGCACGAUAUCUCCAAAUCUGGCAAUCACCACAUUACCACUUUUUACUCCUCUGUCGGUGCCCCACUUAGCUGUAUACACCCCUCACUCUUUCCCAACCUCCCGAUCUCAGCGCCAAAGCACGGAAACUCCACGCCUAUGCUAGCGAGGAUCGUCACGCCUGGCGAGACACCUGAUCCCUCCCCUCCACCUCUCGACUUGCCCUCUGGAGGGUUCUCCUCUUCCUCUACCCAUUCUGAGCCAGAGUAUGGGCGGUAUGUCCUUGCAGGUGAUGAGGCAGGCUUUGUCCAUCUCUGGGCUUGGAAUGGGGAGGAUAAUGAGAGAAAGACUAUACGGUCGUGGGAGGCGAUGGAAGGUAAGAUCACAGCGCUCGAUAUGUCUUGCGGCCUCGUCGCUGUCGGAAGUUUCGACGGUUUUGUCAAGAUAUACGAUCCACUUCCUACUCCACCUAAGCUCUUACGCACAUUCCAUGCAUCGCACCUCUCCCCCGGUGAACUGCUCGUCGCUGGCAGCGACCAGCCCGACGCCAGGUUUUACACCGUCAACAAGAUCAUCCUGGAGAAUGAUAUGGUGGUAGCGAGUAUUGGGAGAAAGGUAUUCGCUUGGCGAGCUGGGGCUGGAAAGGGUAAGCACGGUGGGAAGGAGGGGAAGAAGGGUGGUAUAGGCAAGGGUGAGGGAAGAGGUGGAACCCGUGGGAUCGGUACGUCUCCUUUCCCAACUCUCCCCAGAGCGGUUAAAGUGCCCUUUCCUCGGGUGCUAAUAAAAAGUGUUUCAUUAGUCAUGAAGGCAUUACAUCAAGCUGCUGAAGAAGAUUUUGCAGAGUUUGCACCCCACGCUGCGACACCCAGACAACGUCUCACGAAUCCGCACGAAACCCUUGAACGCGAGGCCAUGCAGGAGAUGGGUUUGGAAGAUGGAGAUGAUGCUUUACAGUAUGCGCUCAUGCUCUCCAUGGAAGAACAAAGCCAUGCUUCACCUCCUCACAACGACUUAUUGAAUGAGGAGCCAUCAGUGUCUGGUUGGGUUGAAGACGAAGAUGAAGAGGAAAAUGUGGAUGAUGAGACUGCGGAGGCUAUUAGACAAGUAGAGGCUUUCAAAAAAGCCGAGCAGGAGAAUGAGUUGGCGAGAAUGCUCGAAAUGAUAAAGCAGGCGGAGAAAAAGGAAGGAUAGACUUAUGAAAAUCUGUAGAGUUGUCCGUGAAAAUUCAGAAUGAACAUGUGGGUGCAAAAACAUUUGAGGUCAUAGAAAUCAC